AAGGCGACCGCCUACACCGAACUGCCGCCCCCGUUGACCAGCAGCGGUUGGAACGACACAGACAUCAGCGGCUCACAGAGGCUGUUCAUCGAACUGCACACAGGUUUCGGAGUCAUCCUUGUUUCGACUGACAUACCACAAGGUUUGCAUGACGGUGGGGGAUUGUCGAGCUUUCUACGGCUUGUACAGUUCUACUGUGAACACUCUCUGCAAUCAAGGCGUCAGGCCGCACGAAUUCAUUAAGGAGAGAGUAAAAGCGUCAGGAAAAAUGUGGCAGGAUAUCGAGGCCUCCAUGAAGAGAAUGCGCGAGCUGGGCCUCAGGGCGAAAAGUGGCAUUGCAUACGAUGUAGCACGUUCCUUCGAAGACGUCAAAAUAGAGGCCUCUACUACAUGUACAUCCAGUGGCCGGGUCUAUGCGGUGACUCGAAAGUAGGAGCGGAAACCGUACUGGAGGCAGCGGCGCCAAAGAAGUGGAGCCUUGGGUUCUGGGUCAUCCUCGUGACCUUGCCUUUGACGGCACUAGGUGCCACCAUGACGAAAAACCAUACCACGAGGGCACUGGACAGUGUCCAAGUCAAGUUCCUAGCAGUGAACGCACCUGAGCUCGUGUGCUAUGCAGUUCAGGGCCUGGAAACGCUAUCACGAAAGAAUUUUGAAAGCUUCCUAUCAAGAAUAAAAGGAAGACUAAACGGUGUACACGACGGUGGGGGAUUGUCGAGCUUUCUACGGCUUGUACAGUUCUACUGUGAACAUUCUCUGCAAUCAAGGCGUCAGGCUGUACGAAUUCAUUAAGGAAAGCUUAAAAGCGUGGGCGAAAAUGUGGCAGGAUAUCGAGGCCUCCAGGAAGAGAAUCCGUGACCUGGGCCUCAGUGCGAAAAGUGGCAUCACAUACGAUGUCGCACGUUUCUUCGAUGACGUCAAAAUAAAGGUGAGUCGCGGCUACAUGCUUCUCCACAGAGCUUGUUCAGUGCAGACGCUGCAAGAGACAUGGGUCUUUGAAAACGUCAAACAUUACAAGAAUGAACAUUUACACAUUUAAUAAGAGAUGCGGCUCUCAUUUAUGGGGAA